GCGGCGGCGGCGGCAGCUCGGGAGUGCUAUGACCGGCAAACUCGCCGAGAAGCUGCCGGUGACCAUGAGCAGUUUGCUAAAUCAACUGCCUGACAAUCUGUACCCCGAGGAGAUCCCCAGCGCGCUCAACCUCUUUUCUGGCAGCAGCGACUCGGUAGCCCAUUACAAUCAGAUGGCUACAGAGAAUGUGAUGGACAUCGGUCUGACCAACGAGAAGCCCAACCCGGAACUCUCAUAUUCGGGCUCCUUCCAGCCAGCCCCCGGCAACAAGACCGUGACCUACUUGGGAAAGUUCGCCUUCGACUCCCCUUCCAACUGGUGCCAGGACAACAUCAUUAGCCUCAUGAGCGCCGGCAUUUUGGGGGUGCCCCCGGCCUCUGGGGCACUCAGCACGCAGACCUCCACGGCCAGCAUGGUGCAGCCGCCGCAGGGGGACGUGGAGGCCAUGUAUCCGGCGCUGCCCCCCUAUUCUAACUGCAGUGAUCUCUACUCGGAGCCUGUGUCUUUCCACGACCCCCAGGGCAACCCCGGGCUCGCCUAUUCCCCCCAGGAUUACCAGUCGGCCAAACCAGCCUUGGACAGCAACCUCUUCCCCAUGAUUCCCGACUACAAUCUAUACCACCACCCCAACGACAUGGGCUCCAUGCCGGAGCACAAGCCCUUCCAGGGCAUGGACCCCAUCCGGGUCAACCCGCCCCCUAUUACCCCGCUGGAGACCAUCAAGGCAUUCAAAGACAAGCAGAUCCACCCGGGCUUUGGCAGCCUGCCCCAGCCGCCGCUCACGCUCAAGCCCAUACGGCCUCGCAAGUACCCCAAUCGACCUAGCAAGACCCCUCUCCACGAGCGGCCACACGCGUGCCCGGCGGAGGGCUGCGACCGCCGCUUCAGCCGCUCGGACGAGCUGACCCGGCAUCUGCGCAUCCACACGGGCCACAAGCCCUUCCAGUGCAGGAUCUGCAUGCGGAGCUUCAGCCGCAGCGACCACCUUACCACUCACAUCCGCACUCAUACGGGCGAGAAGCCCUUUGCCUGCGAGUUCUGCGGGCGCAAGUUUGCGCGCAGCGACGAGCGCAAGCGCCACGCCAAGAUCCACCUCAAGCAAAAGGAGAAGAAGGCGGAGAAGGGGGGUGCGCCUUCUGCGUCCUCGGCGGCCCCGGUAUCCCUGGCCCCUGUGGUCACCACCUGCGCCUGAGGCUCGGGCCCCCAGAUCCCACUUUUCCCCUUCAGUGUCUCCCGGCUGCUCGCCUGAAUGCGCAGCCGAAAAGCUAGCUACGGAGGCGCAGGGGCCGCGCCCUGGCCUCUCCAUGGACGUAAGGCCCCUUGUUUCCCUUCGCUGUCCCCCGUCUCCACCCUUUCACAUCGGCCGACGGUCGGGGGCCAGGGCAAGAGGCGCCUUCCCCUCGAUGCCCACCCCUUAGCCAAGGCGUGGGGUUGGAAAGGUGGCGUCUAGCCCGCUUUGUUCAGUUCGGAUCGUCUUGAUCCAGGGGCCGCCGGGCCGGGCCAAGGACCUGCCGGGGACUGAAGGCGGGGUCCGCCCAAGCCUCGCCGGACCCAAGCACCUCACGGUUCCCCCCACGUGUCCCUCGAUUCCCCCUCGAAGACCCGAGAGGGGGAGGGGGUAAGGAGCGCACCAAAGCGCAGAGCUUGCUGCCCGCCGCACGCACGCGCGCCUGCGUGCGGGGAUGCGCGCGAGUGUGCGUGCUCGCGUGUGUGUAUGUGUUAUGUGUGCGUGUGUGUGUUUCUGUGUGUGUGUGCGCGCGCGCGCGCGUGUGAGACUCUUGAGCUGAACUGGGCUGUGUCCACCCUAAACUCUUCCCCACUUCGGGUCCCCGGGCCGCUGGGGAAACGUCCCGGGCUGGGGGCCUGCGCGUGGCGGGACGAGACGGUCUUCCAUCUGCUCAGAAAUAAUGUUUCUUACAGAAAUGCCUCGGAUGCCGCCGCCGCGGUGCUACUACCGCCGCUUAGGGUUUGGCCCCUCAGAAUCCCUCUUUUUCCGAGCGCUUCCCUCUCAAGGCCUCAGGGCAGUUUGAGCUGCGGGGAGAAGGAGCAGCCAUCCUUGAACCUGCCUUUUUAGAAAUGUGUUUUCCUCGGCCCCAGUUUUUAAAAUCUCUGUCUCUGAGUUUUCCCUCUGCCUUCCCCCGCCUUUCCCCUCUAAGCUUUUUCCCAUCUCUUUCCAAAUCUUUUUUCCAAAAAGGCAGGCCUCAACCAGCCACCCCAUUUCGCCAUCUUUUUGUUUUCUCUCACUCACGUACCCAUUUCUCUUCCUACCAUUGAUUGGAAUGCAGCCUUUUUUUUUUUCACCUUUGGCAUCAUCCAUACAACAGGUAGAAUUCAAAUUUAGGUAAAUGGCAUGUGUGUAGGUAUGUAUGUGUAUAAAUAUGUGUGUGUUCACACCCACACAUAUAUAUAUAUAUAUAUAUACACAUAUAUGUAUAACCUGCACACAGUAUGUAUUUCUAGCAAAAUUAAAUCUCUAAGGUACUUGGCAAUCCAGUGCAGUGCACGGGAAUAAAGAGAAUUUAUAGGCAUAUACAGCUUUAAACGAUUUAUUUUUUAUGAAAAAAUGUAACCAAUGAGACUGUAUCUGCCUAUGUGUGUAUGUGUAUGUGAGUAUGUAUAUAUGCAUCCAUAGAAACACAUAGACACACAUCUGUGUCCAAAUUUCCCUCAAGUUAUGGGGAUGUCUGCAUUAAUCCAUGCUGAUGAAUGAGGCACAUCUCUUCCAUACCCCAGUCUCACCUUCUCCCUGCCCUACCUCACCUCUUCUCAGGCACCCCCUCCUCCCCAGCCUCCUCCGCACAGGGGGAACUCUUUGGAUGUGGAGUAGAAGGGAAGCUGGCCUGAGACACAGCUUCCAGUGCAGUCUUGCCUGAAUGUACUGUUCCCUGUUAGCGUUAUUUCUCCUGGGGUCAGUAAGCUGCCCAGAGAGAAGGAAGACAGGUCUGGAGUUUACAGAAUGUCUGUUUUUAAAGUCACUUUAUGCGUUUCCCACUUUUUUUUUUUUUUAAGAAAAAAGCACCGGUUUUUUUUGGUGGUGGAUAAAUAAUACUAAAAGGAAUCUAGUGAAAGGGGGGGAAAAUCAUAGAGCAAGAGGAUUCUGGAUUUCCAGGUACUUGGAUUUUUUGUAGAAGGAGAGAGAAGUGGAUGAAGUUUGCCAGGAGGGCCCAUAUUUUUUCAGCUGAAGGGUAAAAUCUUUCUUUGCAGAGACAGUAUUUUGCAGAAUACUUUUUAUAAUGUGAUGAUUAUUUAAAAAAACAAAAAUUUUGGUCACUUCAAAGCUGGAAGGAGGAAUCAGAUACCCUUUAAUAUUUUUUCCUUGCUCCUUCUGAUCUAUGCAUGUCACUGCAUGAUAAUUCUGAGUUUUCCUUUGUUUUAAUAAAACUGUUCUCAGACAUUUAAGCUAAACUAAGAGAAAAAUGACUUUGUUGCCAAAAGGUUGUGCUAUCCAGAUUUUUUAUAUGUCUGCAUGUUUUAAGAGAAAAAAAAGAGAAAAUGCACUCUAAAAUAUGUGAACUGAGAGAAAAAAAAAUCAGGUUUUAAACAGGAAAACCUAUGGGGGAUGAUAUUUUUUGAAAGACUUUUGUAUAAAGUUGAGUACUUAGAAAAAGACAAACCAGAUGUAAUAUAUUUUGUGGAUGUUUUUAUUUCUUGGAUUUAUAGUACCUUAUACUAAGGUUAAAAAAAUAUGCUUGAUAUUGUGAAAAGGUGAAAUUCUUCACCAACAUUUCAUUUGCUCCUUUGUCACAUUGUUAUGCCAAUAUAAUAUAGUUAAUGGAAACAGCAUUUUUAAAAACCGAAAGAUUGAAAUGGUGUCAUGUUGUACCAUUUGCACUGUGAGCAAAUGCUAAUUCAGUAAAUAUAUUGUGUUUGCUGACAAUCAGCCGGCCUAUAAAUCUCCUUAUUUUAUUUCUUGUUUUCAUGGCAUAAAGUUUUGGUUUGGCCUGUUUUUCUUUUCUUUUCUUUUUUUUGUCUUGUUUUGUUUUUGGCUGGUAGUUGGUUUGAUAGGUGGUGCUUCUGCCUGGUUUUUGUGGUUCUCUCUCUGAGACCCUUUACUGUGGAAAGGGGGAGUCUGGCGUGACUAGAAGGUGGUCAGAAUUUUGUGUGGGGUUCUGGUGCUUCCAGGUCCAUGUUGAGUGUUUACUGUGGUUCUCAGAGAAUUCCACUGUGGUUCUAAGGUUUCUCCUCCACCCUUCUGAGAGCCUCAAACUGCCAGAGAGAUUAGACGAACAGAUUAGAUAAGCUCAUGGGAGUCUGGGCUGGACUCUUUUUCUCUGGUUUCCAAUGGGUAUCUGAGGGUAGAAGGGAGGGGAGCUCCUGGUUUAGGAUCUACUUCUCUGGUGCUAACAGUGAGCACCAGAGCAGGACCCAGGGUUGGGGGGUGAGUGUUUGCAGCCACACUCAGGCAUGCUCUAGUUGGAGCUUUUAAAGCUACUGAAAAGCAGAUAGAGAUUUAAGAGGGGUUCUUCAGGGUUGGCAAGAUCACUAGAGAGAGGGAGAGCUCUUCUUGUGGUCAGAUAAUUGGGAAAAAUCAGGUUUAAAAGCUCUACAACUCAGUCCUACUUGGACAGGGUUCUCCCGGUCCCACUAUUCAUAGCGACCUGGAAAAGGUCUAUCUACCCAAGGAUCCAAUGCUUAGAAGAGAAAGAACCCUGGAAUUUGGAGAAAUACAGAGAAUGUUUUCUAUAACAGUAAUCCCUCCCAUCUUACAAUUUCUAUCUCCCAUAGGAGUAAUGCUUUCCUUACCCUCUGAGCUUGCUUCUCUGGAACCUUGCUUUACCUUAACUGACUUUGCCAGCCCCAGAGCUUUCACCACUUCUCUUGCAGAGACACGUAAGCUCCACUUCAGCCCUGUGUUCACAUCUCCAUCCUGCUCCAUCCUGCAUCCCCUCAUUUAUAGAAUCCUUUAUCCUUGGGAGGCUUGUUACAGAACAGUCUGGACAGAUCAGUCUCUCCCUCUCCUGCCUGCCCCCUGAAACACUCGCUCGGGUUUCUUAGCCAUGCGUUUUGUAUCUUACCUGCCUCAGCAACAUGUAGGAGCUUGAUGUACAAUACAGAGCUGUGUCAGUGUACCAUGACACUGUGACUUGGGAACAGCGCCUCACCACCUGAGGUGCCAACUGGGCCAGCCGUCCAGUGACAGAAUGUUAUUGUGAUGUCCCUGCUCGGACACCGUUCUAUCAUGCCCCCUGCCCUCCAUGCAGGCCCAUCAGAGUGAAAAAUAUGGGUGGUAUUUCUGGUUGAGAGCAGACCUGGGUGGAGGCUGAGAGCAGACCUGGGUGGAGGAGGUGGGCUGUGGCUUAGAAAAGAAUGUUUUUGAUGUGAGAGAUCAAUAAAGAGAAUGCAGUAUGCAAUCUCUCAUGUUCUCACCCACACAGUUCUAGGUCACUGGCUGCCAUCUUGAAUUCCCUUCGCUGGCCUCAUGAAACUUGGAAACUUCCAAGCUGCAACUUUGUGUACAGCUGUAAGGCGGUAUCCUUCUUUUUUAACACAAGGAAUCCAAGAUGGCUGACAAGUCCUAGUGAUGGAGAAUAUAGUCCGUCUCCUUGCUAAACUGGAUGAAUCCUUUCAGAUGUCCAUGUGUUUUUCAAGUAAACAUUAUCAGUGGAAGAGAGGUCACCGUGUUUCUUCACAGUUAGCACACAGCCCUACUUGCGCCUUCUCCAGUCAGACCCGGCGUUCAGAGGGACAGUUUCGUCAACAGUGUACUACGCGGCUUGAUUAAUAAACUGGCUUCCCA